CGACGUUAUUUUAGAGCUGAAUGCAAUGCAAAGGAAAUACCAAAUCUCUUGAAUUGAACUUCUCUCUCAUCCAUCGUUUUAAUUUUCAUUCAUUCACAGUACAGUAUGUCAUUCUUCUUAGGGUCAACAACAAGGUACGCUCUCUUUUCUCUUCCAACCAGUAUUCUUCUUCGUCAUCGUCGACUAUACUCAUUCAAAUUCAAUCACCCUCUUCCUCCCUUCAUUGACAAUGUUGAUCAUGCUAUUUCCUCUUUCAAUCGCAUCCUUCAUAUGAACAAUCCUACUCAACCCAUCUUUGAAUUUAACAAGAUCUUAUCUUCUCUUGUUAAGUUGAACCAUUUCCACACUGCUAUUUCCUUUUCUAAACAAAUGGAACUCAAACAAAUUCAACCUGACUUAUUUACUUUCAACAUCUUGAUUAAUUGUUUCUGCCACUUGGGCCACCUCAAUUUUGCUUUUUCUGUAUUGGCCAAGAUUCUCAAGCUAGGGUUUCAGCCUAAUACUGUAACAAUCACUACACUUAUCAAAGGUCUAUGUCUUAAUGGCAAGGUUAGGGAAGCCCUUCACUUUCAUGACGAUGUCAUAGCAAAGGGGUUUCAUCUUAAUCAAGUUAGUUAUGGGACCUUGAUCAAUGGAUUAUGUAAAACAGGAGAAACAAGAGCUGCCCUGCAGGUUCUUAGAAGAAUUGAUGGGCUGUUGGUUCAGCCUAAUGUAGUCAUGUACAAUACAAUUAUUGAUAGUUUGUGCAAGGAUAAACUUGUAAUUCAUGCCUCUGAUUUAUGUUCUGAAAUGAUUGUUAAGAGAAUUUUUCCAGAUGUUGUCACUUAUACUACUCUAAUAUAUGGCUUUUGUAUUGUGGGUCAAUUUAAAGAAGCUGUUCGUUUGUUAAAUCAAAUGUUGUUGAAAAACAUCAGCCCGGAUGUUCAAACUUUUAAUACAUUGGUUGAUGGUUUAUGUAAGGAAGGAGAAAUUAAACAAGCUAGAAAUGUGUUAGCUGUUAUGAUAAAACAAGGUGUGGAACCUAAUGUUGUUACUUAUACUUCUUUGAUGGAUGGGUGUUUCUUGGUUAAAGAAGUGAACAGGGCCACAUAUGUAUUCAACACUAUGGCUCAAAGAGGAGUGGCUCCUAAUCUUCAUAGCUACAGUGUCAUGAUAACUGGAUUAUGUAAGAAUAAAAUGGUGGAUGAAGCCGUCAAUCUCUUCAAAGAAUUGCAUAUAAGAAACAUGGCUCCUGAUAUUAUAGUAUACAGUUCGCUUAUUGAUGGACUUUGCAAAUCGGGAAGAAUCUCUGAUGUUUGGGAUCUUAUAGAUGAGAUGCAUAAUAGAGGCCAACCUGCUGAUGUGAUCACGUACAAUUCCUUAUUGGAUGCUUUGUUCAAAAACCAUCAGGUUGACAAGGCAAUUACAUUAUUAAUGAAGAUCAAAGACCAAGGAAUUCAGCCAAAUAUGUAUACUUACACUAUACUUGUUGAUGGACUAUGCAAAAAUGGAAGAUUUAAGCAUGCACAAGCGGUUUAUCAGUAUCUUCUUUUUAAGGGCUAUCAUUUAGAUGUUAAAAUGUAAAAAGGGCUUGUUUGAUGAAGCAUUGUCCUUAGUGUCAAAAAUGGAAGACAAUGGUUGCACCCCUAAUCAUGUAACUUUUGAAGCUCUUAUUUGUCGCGAAAUGGUUGCUAGAGGUCUAUUGUAAGAGUAAGACAAGAGAUAAAAUGGUUCAAAAAAUUAUAAACGAGGGAACGCGUUGCUAAAGAGAUUUUGACGAGAAUUCUUUCCGAUAGUCCUCGAGAGAUCCCGGCGAAAAUUCUUUCCACGGAUGCCGACGCUGUCAUGGGUCGGAGCCCUUUGCAAGAGAAAUGAAUCAAGUGCCAGUUGCAUAUUUAUCAAUGAUUUAGUAAAGGUAGCUGGUAUAUAAUUUGAAAGGAAGAUAGUACAACAUUUGCAUCUUUGUUAUUAAGUUUGAAUUGCAUGCUUUCUCUCAAUUUUUUAACGGUUGCUUAGUAACAAUCUCAUGUUAAAUAGAAAAGGAUGGAUCCUAAUAUCCCAUUCACAUAUGCUGAAUUUCGUUUCAUUAAAUAGAACUACUUCCGGUCGAAAUAUGUCACUUUCGAUUAUGAUUA